AUGGGAAAAAGCAGACUGCGGAGAAGGUGCGAAAGGAGAUCGCUCGCCAUGUACCUCUACUUCAGUCCUACCAGCAAGCCUCUGCAGGCGACCCCGCAACUCCCAGAGAUGUAUCUGUCUGCACUCCAGCUGCGCUUACAGAAUUCCAGCUUCACCAGCCUCGAAGUUUGCCAUAUUUUGAGUUCGAAGAUCUACUCGAGGGGCAGCCCAAUCACCACCAUUCAGCAUUACUUGCGGGAGAUCCCAGCCUGCAACAACCAUUUCUUGCAAUCUCAGGUGCUCCAACUGAAGGAUCCGUUUGUGAAGCACGACUACUAUUAG